AUGCAGCCGCACCUGUACCCGAGUGACACCGCCAAAAUAGCGUUCAUUAUCUCCCAGCUCAGCGGCAAAGCAUUGAAGUGGGCCGAUUCCAUCUGGUCCCAGCAGGGCGCUGUAACCCAAUCCUACUCAUCGUUUAUUUCCCACUUCCGGGAGGUAUUCGGGAAACCCAUCACAGACUCUUCAGCUGGUGAGAAACUCUAUAAUUUGAGACAAGGAUCUAUGUCCAUUUAUGAUUAUGCUUUGCAAUUCAGAACGCUUGCAGCCCUCAGCGGAUGGAACGAACAAGCCCUGAUAACGAACUACCGGCAAGGAUUGGAACCUCGGGUGCGGCUGCAACUCGCUGCAUGCGAGGACAACAUCGGCCUAGAAAAGUUCAUCCAGCUCUCCAUCCGCUGCGCCACUCGCAUGCAGGCGUGCCUCCAAGAGCACCAGGUCCAGUUCUUCUCCACUGUGCCACUCUGCCCAUCCGAACCCGUCAGCACUCCAGAACCAGCUCAGGAACCCAUGGAUGUAGAAAACUCUCGUCUAUCUUAUGAAGAACGUCGCCGCUGCCUCACCCAUCGUCUCUGUCUCUACUGUGGUGAACCGGGGCAUGUGAUUGCAGCAUGCCCCACACGACCGCCGCGACCCCUGGUGAGUGCCAUUAUUCCUGCUACUCGUAAAAUGAAACCACUCACUACUGCCGUCAAUAUUACUGCCGCCAAUGUUUCCCUUACAGUGGUCGCGCUCAUCGACUUGGGGUCCGCCGGCAACUUCAUCUCUGGUGCCCUCUGUCGUCAACUCCGUAUCAAGACCUCUCCGUCUCCGACCAUCUACAAGAUCUGCUCCAUAACCGGCCGACCCCUGAGCCGUAAGCGCGUCCGCUCCGUGGCAGGUCCUGUUAAUAUUCAAAGUUUCUUCUUUGUGGCUAAAAAGGAUGGAGGCUUGCGGCCCUGUAUUGACUACCGUGCACUCAACAAAAUAACUGUGAAAUUCCGUUACCCCCUUCCUCUCGUCCCAGCUGCCCUAGAACAUCUCCGUGGUGCCACUGUGUUCACGAAGUUGGACCUCCGCAGCGCGUACAACCUCAUCCGGAUACGUGAGGGGGACGAAUGGAAGACCGCCUUCAUCACCCCUACUGGCCACUACGAGUACUUGGUCAUGCCGUAUGGACUAGUCAACGCCCCCUCCGUAUUCCAGGACUUCAUUCAUGAGGUGCUCCGGGAGUUUCUCCACCGGUUUGUCCUGGUCUACAUAGACGACAUUCUCAUCUACUCCCGGAGCCAGGCCGAACAUCGCCAACACGUUGCGGAGGUCCUCACCCGCCUUCGUCAAUACCAUCUGUUCCUCAAGGCCGAAAAAUGCACUUUCCAUCAACCUUCCGUUUCAUUCCUGGGAUACAACAUCGACCACAGUGGCAUCCGGAUGGACGAGAGGAAGGUGGAAUCCAUAACCAACUGGCCAGAACCCACCACCAUAAAAGAACUCCAGCGUUUCCUCGGUUUCUCAAAUUUCUACAGACGUUUCAUCAAAGGUUACAGCUCUAUCGCCCAUCCACUCACCAGUUUACUCCGCAACCAGCCCAAGUCUCUGUCCUGGACCCCGGCAGCCACCAACGCCUUCAACCAGCUCAAAGAAGCCUUUACCACCGCUCCCUUACUCGUACAUCCAGACCCAGAGAAACAAUUCAUUGUUGAAGUGGACGCGUCUACCACUGGAGUGGGAGCGGUGUUAUCGCAGCAGCAGGGCUCAGCCCGGCGGAAGUCAACUAUUCCAUCGGAGACAGGGAACUUCUAG